AUGAAAUUCCAGCCCUCUUCCGCUUUCUCUCUCUCACUCUCAUAUAAAUAUCAUCAUUUGGGGUCUCCGAUUCCCAGUUUCUCUCUCAUACCCAGAGGUCAAAUUUUGAAAUUAACACAUAUGAGAUAAUAAAAAGAAAGAAAUCAUGCAAAUACUUGCAAAAAAAUUGAGGGGUAGCUAUGUGUCUUUACAAAUAAAUCGAAAAAUGAGGUGUUCUUCAACCCUGAAAUCUCUCAUCGAUUUUUACUCAGAUUUUGACGUGUAAUGCUUCUUUUUUCGAAUUUCAUUUUCAUGUGUAUAGGCUGAGUCUCUUUCAUCUUGUUCUCUCCGUUUUUCUCAUUUUCCUCUCUCGAAUAAGUGGAUCUUGGGCCAAUUUCAUCUCUUCUUACCUUGUACAUAAGGUUUUCUGGAUUUUUCUUGGUGUUUUCUUUCUGGGUUUUCUAAAUCAUAGCUUAAAACAAUAGUAGAUUGAUCUUUCCUCUUCAAUUUUUGAUCCGCAUUGUUCUGCUUUUGGGUAUUCUUUUAAGAUUUUCAGCUGGAUUUGUGCUUAUUUUUCGAUUACAGUGAUAAUUUGAGGUUGGGAUUUGCAUUUGAAACAUUAAAUUUCGAGUUUAAGGAAUUUUUAUUUUAGAAUCUGGGCUCCAUUUGAUUCACAAGGAGUGCACUGCAGCUUCUGAGACCGUCUUCUCCGCAUUGAGGUGAAGGGCAUGUCAAGUGAAAGUGAGGAAAAGAUGAUAGCCAAAAAUGGCGUAGAUUUGCCAUACAUCGAGGAAGGUAAUAGUGGAGGAAAUGUGGGUGGGAAUGGUCCACUUAAAAAAGGUCCCUGGACAUCUGCAGAAGACGCAAUUUUAAUUGAGUACGUUACCAAGCAUGGAGAAGGGAACUGGAAUGCAGUCCAGAAGCACUCAGGGCUUGCCCGGUGUGGAAAAAGUUGUCGCUUGAGGUGGGCAAACCACCUAAGACCAGAUCUAAAGAAAGGUGCAUUCACUCCAGAGGAGGAAUGUCGUAUCAUUGAACUUCAUGUUAAAAUGGGAAACAAAUGGGCUCGAAUGGCUGCCGAGUUGCCCGGGCGCACAGAUAAUGAGAUCAAGAACUACUGGAACACUAGAAUCAAAAGAAGACAGCGCGCUGGCUUACCAAUCUAUCCUCCUGAUGUCUGUAUGCAAGCAUUAAAUGAGAACCAACACAAUGAGAACAUGGAUAAUUUCUCAUCUGGAGACAUCCGACAUUCUGACUUCAUUCCGAUGAACGUCUUCGAGAUUCCCCAAUUUAAUGGUAUAGAACACAAUCGGCAGUUGUAUUCACCCGCCCUUCUUGAUAUUCCUGCUAAUGGCUUACUUGAUAUCCCUGCAAGUGGCCUGCUUGUAGAAGGUCUUGACUCUUCUUGUCCAAGCAGGUCUUUACUCUCUAAAAUGCAUCUAUCCAAGCAUCCUUCAGGACCAGAUUCUAUGUUCUCUGGUGUAAGUGCCACUAGUGGUGGCAUACUCCCAGAUGGCAGUCAAUAUCCAGAUGAUGGUUCUAUGCAGAUUGUACAAUCAUUUGGAUUUUCCUCUGCUUAUGAUCAUGAUUCAAUUUCCAACCAUGCAUUUUCCUCUAGCUUAAUUCCUGGCGGCCAUGCCAUUACAAAUGGCAAUCCUUCUUCUUCAGAGCCUGCUUGGGCAAUGAAGCUGGAGCUCCCUUCACUCCAAACUCAAAUAGGUGGUUGGGGUUCACCGUAUUCCCCACUGCCUUCUCUUGAGUCAGUUGAUACUUUAAUCCAAUCCCCUCCGACCGAACAUACUCAAUCAUGUAGUUUUUCACCUCGAAACAAUGGACUUUUGGAUGCUGUACUAUAUGAAUCCCAGACUAAGAAAAAAUCGAGGAAUUCUUGCCAGCCAACUUUACCUGCUUCCACCAUGCCUGUUGAUGUACUGGAUACUUCAUCUCAUGAACUCCAUGAGACAGAAUGGGAAACAUGUGGUGACCCUAUUUCUCCUUUUGGUCAUUCAUCUUCAUCGGUGUUCAGCGAGUACACCCCUAUGAGUGGGAGUUCAUUGGAUGAACCCCCAUCAGUAGAGACCAUGCCAGGAUUUAAAUUUAAGGAACCAUCAGCUGAUACAGAAAACCAGAUGAUCUUCUCCCGACCAGAUUUCUUGCUUGCCUCAAGCUGUUCCGGUCUUGACAAAGACCCGAACAAGGACUAUUCCUUUCUGAAAGAUACAUUUGGACCAUUUAUUGGCAACGGUUUGGGCAAGGAUAGCAAACAAAUCGACACUCCAACUAGUUCCUCUGCUCAAGAGCGCAGACACAAUUCUCGGGCAUAUAAUACAAUGUCUACUGCCUGGCCAACUUCAUGUAACCAAUGAAAUCUCGAAUUUCAUUUGUCUUGAACAACUUCUGUAAUCGCCAUGAUUGCUUCUGCUGUGAACAAAGUUGUCACAGUUCUGAAAAGAACUGUUGGGAACAUCAUGUUUAGCUUCAUAAACCAGGAGCAGUUCUAUAUGAUGUUUCGUUGUGUUGGUUUUAAGGUUGUAAACUACAUACCUGUGAUUUGUGCGUCUCAGCAGAGAUCCAUGCAGGUUUUCAUUAUGUUUUUUAUGACUGAAUAUGUUUGACGGUAAACUUUGUCGCUAGCAGUUUUUCCUUCUGUUAGACAGGUUGCUUUUACAAGUGUCUCGCACUUGUGUGCACUGUGAAUGAUGACAUUUUGUUGAUCUUAUUCA